UUGGGUUUUUCCCAUGGCUAAGGACGGACGUUAUCUUUCUUGCACUUUCUGUCGUUGCUAAUUUCAUUUUCUCUUUCAUUUAAUUGUUUUUUAUUUAAACAGUUUUAAUUUUUGUACAUCAUUUAUUAUAUUUUUCCUUUAAUUUUCUUCAUUCACUUUUUGUAUUUUCUCUGAUCAUUUGAAAUGGAAAUCUAAUUUUUCUGGGAAAGAUUAAGCUAUAAAGGAGAUUUCUGAUAAAUAUUCAGGAAAAUGGAGUCUGUCAAGCAAGAUAAAAGUGUUAAAAAACAGUCAAUGGAAAGCAAAUUAAAAUCAGAAUCUAAAAUAUCCAGUUCUGAAACAGACAGUUCUAUAUCUUUGACAUUUGAUUCAGCAGCUGAUUGCGGAUAUAAAUCUGAAGAAAUUGCCUGCACACAUUCUUCAGCCAGUAAAUCCAUAUCAGAUUUGAAUCUUCCACAAAAAUUGGACCAAAGUGUAACUUAUGACAGUGGUGUAGUAUCAGACUGUUUUUCUCCGACAAGUUCAGAAAAUAUUUCAUCUAAAAAAUCAGAAUCAGAAAGAUUUACUUAUGAAGAAGAACACAAUACUAAGGAUAAAUAUAUGCUUGAAGAUAUUUUCACCCAAGACAAAGAUGGUGAUACGAUUCUACACUUAGCUGUUGUGGAAGCUCGAUCAGACAUCAUCUUUCCACUCAUUCAGUUAGCACCUCAUCCUGAUUUCUUAGAUAUUGCAAAUGAUUUAUAUCAAACCUUGCUACAUUUGGCUACUUUAACUGGGAAGUCAAAUAUUGUUAGAAGGCUUGUUGUUGCUGGGUCUACUCUUGAUAUUCAAGAUCAUCAUGGGAAUACUCCUCUUCAUAUUGCCUCACGUAGAGGUGAUUUGGAUUGUGUUCAAGCAAUGCUUGCACCAAUCACCGAGUCUGAAGUUAAUGAAGCAAAUUGUUUGUAUUCCAUAUAUUUGCAAGACCAGAAUUUAUCAUACAUCAUAAAUAUGAAAAAUUAUGAUGGUCUUUCAUGUGUACAUCUUGCUGCUACAGGAGGAUUUCUAAAAGUAAUGGAAUGUCUUUACUACAAUAAUGCAAACAUGAAUGAUCAGGAUGGAAAAACAGGACGAACUGCUCUUCACUAUGCUGUUGAAAGUGGGAACUUAAAGCUAGUCGAAUUGCUCCUCUCAAAAUGUCGUGUUGAUCCACGUGUCCGAAAUUAUGCUGGUCGAACUCCAGUGCGCGUAGCUUAUGCUCUGUGUAAGAGAAAUCAGUCAAAGAUCAGACAAGAUAUAUUCAAUUUAUUGCAUACACCUACAGAUCAUGCAGAAUCUUCCUCUGAAUUAGAUUCAGACUCUUCUGGUGAUGAGAUUGAUCUAGAAAGUUUACUUCAUAAUUCUAGAGAUACAUCUGCCAGAAGAGGAUGUUGAUCAUAACAGUUUUGUACUCCUGAGCUAUAUUGUUAUGUUAACUGUUAAAUUCUAUAGAUUGUUUAAAGUUCUAGUUAAUAGUAUAAAGCUUUACUGCCUUCGAAGAGUGUUCAUAUUUACUCAUUUUAUUCAGGGGGUCUACCUGCCAUGAAAAAGUUGCUGAAUUUCUGUCAGUAGUAAGCUGACAGAAAUUUUUUCAGCCAUGCAGAAUUUGUUUAUGUGUAAAGAAAAUGCAUGGAAAGUUUUUUUAAUACCUGUCCAAAAAAAAGUUGUUAUUGGCAAAUAUUGAAGUUUCUGAUAUUAUUUUUACUACAAUUAUUGUUUGUUAGACUCAUCUUAUGCUAAACCCUUCAGUCAUCAUAACAACUGUAGAUUUCACUCAAUUUUUUUGUCUUCAGAGACCAAUGCUGUGAUCAUAAGCAGUCAAAAAGCUUUGUAAUCCAAUUUUAAGAACCUUGUCUUUUAUUUUUAUUGCAUGGGAACUAAUCUGAAGAUGGGGUUGCCUCAUCUUAAAAUCAGGUGGUGUGCCCUCUAAUGAUUGAGUGCAAUUAUGGUGCAUCAAAUACAGGAAUUCCAUCCAUCCAUCACCUGAUAUUAUGACAGUCACUUUGGUUAUCCACUAAUCAGGUCCAUCUUACUGUAUUAUAGCUGACCAGAAUUCUUAGCAUUAAAUAUCAAGUUUUGCCAUAAAACAUUUUUGUAAUGUUAAGCUGUGGGCUGUGUUAUCCAAGCAUAAAUCGCAAGUGCAGAAAAUUCACUAUUAAUUGUUCAAUGACAUGGUUUGCAAUAUGUACUCUAGAAGAACAGACUUUUCUUGCUAAAGAGCUAAUGGAAAAACUAAUUAUUGAAUUAAAUGCUAUAUUUUUGCAAGAUUUUUCUUUUAAAUUUAAAAUGUACAUUGUUUUUUUUUUUUAAUUUAGAGCUAUAGGUAGAUGGAUUGGUAUGCAUAAAUUUAGAUUUCUUUAACUUAAUGCACACUUUAUUUCAAACCAGCAAUUGAAAUAUGCUUUUCCUAGAGAGUUUAUGGAAAUGUUAUAGGAAAAUAUCAAGAGACCUCUUUAACAAUUGGCUUAAAGCCCUGUGUCUGCCAUUUGCAAAUAAAGUUAUUUUUCUUUCUUUUUUUUUAUGUACAAAAAGUUUAAUGGGAUGUUUCUAAAAAUUACUUAGAAUUUAUUUUACUCUUCUCAAAUCAAUUAGCCUAAAUGCCAAAUAUAUUUGAAUAAUAAUAAACAAAUAUUUUAAUGAAAUCCUAAUUUUCCCCUCAUAAUUUGGUAGACACCCUGUUGUAUCUGUGACAAGCAAAGAAAGAGUACAAAUAUCAUGUGACACAUGUUUUAAAGUGAUGUAUAAUAUGCUAAAGAACUGAUGAUUGAGUGUUGUUAAUUAAUGUUAAUGAUUGUAAUGUUUGUAUAGAAAUAUAUUGGCUGUUAUUAAUGUAAAGGCACAAUUAAAAUACUUUUUAAGUUGCUAGUAACAUUUUAUCACUGAAAGCAUUUCGUUUUAUGCUCUAUAAUUUAUUUUAUUUUUGUCUAUGUAUAAUACAAUGCAUUUUCUCAGAAGUUAUCUUUUUGUGUUAACAUAUUUUCUUGUUAUUUGUUAUUCUUUCUUUAUAUACUUAACACUACAACUUUUUCAUUAUUUGUAAGAUAUUUGUAC